AUGUCCUACGGCCGCCCCAUCCCAUCCCACCUCCGCAACCCCUCGCUCUCCAACCCGCAGUCCUCCACCGGCCAAAGCCCCGUUCUCCUUGCGCGCAUAAACGAGAAGAAGGCGGAACUGGCCAAUCUGAAAGAUCUGCAAGCACUGAGUGCUGGCCUAGCAGACCAGAUGCAGAUGCUGGAAGACAAGUUGGCGACCUUAUCAGACGGAACUGAAGCUAUUGCGGCUGUACUUUCGAACUGGCAUAACGUGCUCAGGGCGAUCAACAUGGCAUCAAUGAAAAUCCCCAAACCCAAAGAUGGCGAAGACGAAGCUUCUGAAAGUAAGCCCCAGACGGAUGUGCCACUUCCGCAGACCCUCGUUCGCAUUCCCACCGAGCAAGCUGCGCUGCUUCCACAAUCAGCCUCUGGAAGUAUCGUCGAUUGA